CUGAACGGUUCCCUCCACCAAGGUUCGCUAAGCCGGUACCAGUACACGACACGCUUCUAAGAGGCGAACAACGUCGUUAACGUGUUCGCGAUUAUUUGUUUAUCAAUAAUCAUAUGUCAUUACAUCCACCAGUUAUAUUUAAUUAACUAAAAAUUAUCUCCCAGUGUUUAUUUGGAACAUAUUUAUCCAAAAAAAAAAAAUUGUUAAUUCAUUUUUUUUUUAUGAUAAAAAAUACAGAGGGAUUAGGGAAAAAACACUUGAAAAUAAGGGAUGGUGCUUUGUUGAAAAUUGGAGCUAACUUUUGUGAUUUGUUCAAUUGAAUUUUUUUUUUUUUUUUAUCAUUUUUUGAAUUGAUUGUAUAUUGUUUUUUUAUUUUUAUUUUUUGAAUUUUAAAACCACGUGGUGUUGAUAUAAUAAUUGUGACAUGUAUUUGAUGGUGAUGUGUUAAUGUGAAUUGUGAAAUUUUUUAAAAGGACUGAUCUUGUUGUAAAAAAAAAAAAACAAACAAGAAGAAUAAGAAGAAGAGGAAGAUAUAAGAAAAAAGCAAAAGAUAAAUUGUGCGUGGAACUUUGGAUACGUUAUAUUGAAAAAAAAAAUUAAUAAUAAAGUGUUUGCUUAACUCUAGUGAUUAGUGAGACUAAAAUUACAACUGGAUGAUUAAAAUCAUCGAGUAAAUAAUAGUAAUAAUAAAUCAAAAAAAAAAUUAGAUAAAUAGAUGUUUCAUUGAGCGAGCUAAUUGAAUUAAAAGCAAAAAAAAAAAAAAUUCUAUAAUAUUAUUUAAAAGGAUUAAUAAAUAACAAGUAAACUGUCACCAAGUACAAAACUGCAUUUACCGUCGUCGCUGCAUAAUCAGCAGUCGACCCGACGGUUAUUAAAUUUGUCAAUCGAUGAUGACGUAAAUUUAUCAAUAAAUAUAAAUACAAGUGGUGAUUGUCAAUCAGUUGUUAAAAAUCGUACGGUGUACGCACUGGAUAGAAGUACAACUGGACUGGGGGUUGUUGGUGGUGUUGUUGGUAGUAAUAGUACCGGGGGUGGUCCGGGGGUUAUUGGAAUCUGCGGACCACCUACCGGUUCAAUUACACCGACGGAUUAUAUUACAUCAUGUUAUCCAACAGUUUCAACAAUUAAUAUAACAAGUGAUCAAAUACAUUCACAUAAUUCAACAAUUAUUGAUACAAUGACACCAACAUCAGCAACAAUAACACCAUCAUCAACACCAACUGGACAAAAUAAUUCAGUUGCAAUGAGUCAACUUGGUACUGUUUAUGCAACUAAAAGAAGAAGAAGAAAUGGAAAAAGUUUAAAACCACCACAAAAAGACGGCGUGACAAAAUCAAAUCCAAGUAAAAGACAUCGUGAAAGAUUAAAUGCCGAAUUGGAUACGUUAGCUUCAUUAUUACCAUUUGAGCAAAACAUUUUGAGUAAAUUGGAUCGACUGAGUAUACUUCGACUCAGUGUCAGUUAUCUUCGCACCAAGAGUUACUUUCAAGUUGUGAUGCAUAAAGACAAAGAAGAAAAUUCACACAGGGAUUCACAUUAUCGUGCUAGAGAAAUGGCUGCAUUGGCAGCGUAUGAUCAUCAUCAUUUGGAUGGAGAAAUGUUUCUGCAGGCACUCAAUGGUUUCCUAUUGAUUUUAACGUGUGAUGGAGAAGUUUUUUUUGCAACUCACAGCAUUGAAAGCUAUCUUGGCUUUCAUCAGUCUGAUAUCGUUCAUCAAAGUGUUUACGAGCUUGUACAUAGUGAAGACCGUGAAGAAUUACAACGUCAACUAAUGUGGAAUUCAUUUUUACCAUCUGAAAAUUCAAGUCUACCACUUCAUGAUGCACUCACAAUUCAACAUAGCCAUUUAUUAGAAAGAAGUUUUACUGUUAGAUUUCGUUGUCUUUUAGACAAUACAUCUGGUUUUUUGCGUUUAGAUAUUAGGGGGCGAGUUAAAGUACUUCAUGGUCAAAAUAGAAAAACUGAAGAACCACCAUUAGCAUUAUUUGCACUAUGUACACCAUUUGGACCACCAUCACUUCUAGAAGUACCACAAAAAGAAGUAAUGUUUAAGAGUAAACACAAGCUAGACUUUGCACUAGUGUCAAUGGAUCAAAGAGGAAAAAUGUUGCUUGGUUAUACUGAUGCGGAACUUGCCAAUCUUGGUGGAUAUGACCUGGUUCAUUACGAUGACUUGGCCUACGUUGCCAGUGCCCAUCAAGAACUUUUAAAGACAGGGGCAUCGGGAAUGAUAGCCUACAGGUAUCAAAUGAAAGACGGUGGUUGGCAAUGGUUACAAACAAGUUCACGUUUAGUAUACAAAAAUUCAAAACCAGAUUUUGUUAUAAGUACACACAGACCUCUCAUGGAAGAAGAAGGUAGAGAUUUACUUGGUAAAAGAACAAUGGAUUUUAAAGUUAGUUAUUUAGAUGCUGGUUUAACAAAUAGUUAUUUUUCUGAUAAUGAAAGUUUAACAUGUCCAUCAUCAACAAUGCCAUCAACAAUACCAACACCAACAACACCACAACGUGUUAAUCGUCGUUAUAAAACUCAGCUACGUGAUUUUUUAUCAACAUGUCGUAGUAAACGUACAAAAUUAACAACAAAUCAAACAACAUCAUCAUCAUCAUCAUCACCACCACCACCAGUAGUUACACCAACAGUUUCAUCAGUUGAUUAUUUAACUGGUGAUACAAGUGCAGCAGCUGCUGUUGCUGCAGCAUAUAAUAAUUUAAAUACAAUGUAUCCAACACCUUAUGCACCAUCAGCUGUUGCAGCAACAACUGAUCCAUCAUUAACAACAUAUAUUGGACAUACUGGAAAUUAUCAUCAAACAUUAUAUCCAGCAACAGCACUUGAUAAUCGUUAUUUAACAGCAACUGAAAAUAUAUUUCAAUAUCGUCCACUUGGUUCAUAUUAUCCAGAGUAUCAUACAACAACAGCAUACAAUGGUUUUAUUGAUGUUCCAUUACCAACAUAUGAUACACAUCAAUUAACAAGUAAAACAGAUGAACGUAUUUAUUGUCAACAAUUAUCUGAAUCACCAAAAUAUAGUUAUGUUGAUACAAGACAUCCAAAUAGUGUUAGUGGUGGUUCACCAUAUGCACCAAGUCCAGUAACAUCAAUUGUACCAGUACAUCAAAAUACAGAUAUAAAUAUUAUUAGAGCUGGUAGUAGACAUUCAUUGGAAGGUGCAUCAUCAAGUAAUUCAGCUGGUAGUUCACCAGUAACAACAGCUGGUGUUAGAACACCUAAAAUGGAAGAUGUUAAACCAGAUGUUUAUGGUAGUGAAGCACCAAGACAAACUGUAUUAAUGUGGGGACCACCACCAUCAAGAACACCACCAAGAAAUAAUGGUAGUUAUAGUCCACCAACGCCACAUUCAACACACUCAUCACAUUCGACAAAUCAAACAAAUGAUCCAUUAAAAUCACUUGCUGAAAUGAAUUCAAUGAAUGGAGAUUGUAAAUGGAAGCAAGCAUCACCAACUGGACAAACUACGGGAUCUGGUUCACCGAGAGGAGGAAAAAAUCAACAGCAGCAGCAGCAGCAACAGCAACAACAACAACAACAGCAACAGCAGCAGCAACAACAACAACAACAGCAACAGCACCAUCAACAGCAGCAGCAGCAACAACAACAGCAACAACAACAAAAUCAAUAUCCAGUUACGACAAUGCAUUAUGGAUCUAGUGGUGCUUAUCCACAUUCACAUCAAGGUCACACUCAUGGAGAUACAAGCUCCGAGGUAUGGCAAGGAGUGCAACAUCACCAUCACUACCAGUACUAUCCUUAUCACCACCACCACCACCACCCUGCACCGCCAAGGCACACGCCCCACACAUCACCAACAUUGGUGGAAACGGGGACAGGCAUGGUCAUGUCCUUGGGUCAGGAACACAACAACAACACCAGCAACAACAACAACAGCACCAGCAACAACAACAACAACACCUCCACCACCAGCAACAGCAACAACAACACCACCACCUCCAACAACAGCAACAACAACAACAACGUCUUAUAUCAUCAAUCUCAUCAUCACGUGGGAUUACCCUCGGUUGCCACAAUGGUACCAACUGCCUCGCAGAUAUCAAACCGGACGCCGGGAGUCCUUUGUUGUCCAUCUCUGAGGUGACCAAUACCCUGCUCAACCAAUAAUAACACAAUGACAACCACUUAUUUUUAUCCAUAUCAAAAUAAUUAAUUUUAAUCAAAACUAAGUGGUCCUGUCAAUACUUCGUGAUGAACCUAGAUCUCAUUAUUAUAUAAUAAAUUGUGAAAUAUUAGUUAGUUAUUUUAAAAUUAUUAAUUAAUCAUAUUUCAAUUUUUUUUUAUUUUCAUUUUCAAAUUCUGUACCAUAUGUUAUGCUUGUUUUAAUUUUUCUACAGAAAAAUACAUAUUCUGUGAUAUGUGUUAGGUAAUUUAGAAAAAAAAAAAAAAAAACACAAUAAUCGUCACAGACGUACAUCAUUGUAAUAUUUAUUAAUAAUUUAUAUAAUUUUUUUUUUAAAUUUAAUGUAAAAAAUCAAAGAUUUGUCGAUAUUGAUUUUUAUGAUUUUUUAAAUUUAUUUUCUGGAGCCCAAUUUUACAUAUUUUUAAUUAAAUAUGAUACAACAAGUAGAAAAAAUUUAUCAUCAAUAAAUUAAUUAUAAUGGAAAUAAAUUUUAAAAAAAUAUAAAGUUGGGCCUGUAUUUGAAUGUAACCCAGUCUUGCCAAUAUUUUUGUUAAUAAGUUUGUAAUUUUUGUACUUAAUUAAUUUAUAUACACUAUUUAUGUCGAC